AUGGCCGACAACACACUCAUUGCUCCGGUCAUUUCACCAGCCGGAACUGUCUACUUUGCUUCUGUAAAUCAGGAUGCUACGGCUCAAGACGUGAUUGCUUCUCUGAUCCAACCACAAGAUGUUAGGGACGAGAUCUUAGGAGACCUCCCAGAAUCGGGCUGGGAUUUACAGAGGGUACGCAAGGAACAUUCGGGUCGCGUUUGGGAAGAGGAGGAACUUGAAAGUAUAGGACCCGAGCUGCUUCAGGAGGAUGACCUUAUUGCCCCCAUACUUGCAUCGAAACCAAAACCUUCCGCUCCCGAGAGACAUUUCUCUUCGUUUCCCUUGACUUCUCAUCUGCAUUCACCUGUCAUUCGUUUGGUGUCGAGGCAUCCUUUGCUGCGUCUUAAAUUCUCGUUUCUACGUGUUCCAGAGAUCCAUGACGGAUUUGAAUGGACCGUUUAUUUGACACUAAACUCAACGGUCCAUGAAGUUAUAUCUUCAACGUGUGAACAGCUCGGUCUCGUAAAGGCCUUACCUAUCGCGGGUGGCGGAACGAUUGAUUAUGCCAUUGAAACGUUCACACCUGGCGCAGGCGCAGAUAAUUCUACGCGGUUGGAGCCUGACGUAUUGCUCUCCACGAUCCUUGGAAACGCAAAGGAGUUUAGAUUUUGCGUUCCGGACGAAUGGUAUCGUCGUCCGAAUUCUCGUGUUCCUUCCGUGGCUCCGUCUGAGUCGACGUUACGCCGUCUCUCGGAUUUGGAAGCGGAAGAAGAGGAAGGAGAGGGCACUGCGAGGCAGAAGCAAGCAUCAUCAUCGACCCCGUCAUCACCUACUGCAAAGCCAAGAUCGGGCUCUCCUGACAGCACAGGAACGUUCUCAUCCAAACGCUUUUCGAGUAUAUUUGACGGCUGGUUAGGUUCAGCGACUCCUGAAUCUCCUAUGCAGGAGACGGUGGUUGAGAAUAGCAACAAGCGGCCAAUCGUGAGUGAGCCGAUGGCAGUGGAGAAUCACACCGCUUCAUCCGACACUGAGAGCGAGAAGUCCUGUGACGAAGAGGAUUUUGAGCGUAUGAUUGAUGAUCUCGGACUGAGGGGUGAAAAGCGUGAGGCAAUGCGGAACAUGCCUGCAGACCGGAAACGCUAUCUCCUUCGACAGAAUCGUCAGAUGCGUUCGACAGUUGGGAGAGAGUCAUCUCAGUCUCCUGCUCAGUCAGCGACGAUUGGACCUGCUAGGGCGGCUCCGCUCAUCCCAGCUCUUGUACCGAGUUUGACUGGGGAUGGUAUUAUGAAACGCUUUUCCAUCAGCGGGUGGGGUAGUUCGUCUGCGAGCGAGACUCCUCCUGAUGUUCCUUCGUCUCCCAAGAUAAACGGCACUACAUAUGCGGCUGAGAAGCUUAGUCGACGUGAGAGCAGUCCUGCGCAUUCCGACAUCGCCCCGCUGCAGCCUCAAACGACGGGCGGUUUAUGGGGAAGCUGGUGGGCGUCGUCGGGUACCGAGUCCUGGAUGAGUUCCAUGUCGAAGUCAAAGGCCACUCCAAGCAAGGACAACUCGUCCACCGUAUUUUACGCGGAUGGACUCCGUUCACGACGUCCGAACGACAUAAAGCUCGUGAAACAUCUUAUUUCGUUGAGAGUACAUCUUUCCACUGCGAAGGUUAGCUGGGUAGAGAGAUUCUUGGGUGAAAGCAAGGGAAUGGACGCUUUGGCUAGCUUGCUUGCGAGUCUUGUUGGGAAGGGUGGCAAGAGGAAGAAACUUUCUGAUACGGAAGAGAGCGUGCUAUACGAAGUGGUUAAGUGUCUGCGAGUUCUGCUCAAUACUGAGCCUGGAUUCAAUCUCUUCCUAGCUUCUCCCAUGCUUGUAACUCACGUAACCUACACACUCCACACCGAUUCUCUCAAACUGAGAACACUAACCUGCGAACUACUCGCCGCAAUUUGUAUUCUUUCCGUAACACAUGGGCACCACCUCGUUCUCGCUGCAUUUUCCGAUUACCGUGUCGCUCACGAAGAGGCUUUCCGCUUUGAAGAACUCAUUGACUCAUUGCGUUUGUCGAGUGAGGAUGAUGACGAUUCAGAUGCUGGUGUUCCUGGUGAGAAGGAAGAGGAAGGUGCUUGGGAAGCUCGGACGGCUGCGAUGACGCUGGUCAAUGCAUUGACAACUUGUCCUGAGUCGCUUGAAGAACGCAUACAGCUUCGUGAAGAAUUCAGCCGUCGAGGCUUAAACGAGAUCAUAGUGACAUUACGAUAUAUUCGACCUCCUGAAUCCAUCGUCACGCAAAUUGACGUCUACACGGAAGAGAAGUUUGAGGAUGAAGAAGACUUACGAGAACGGACUAGAUCAUUAUUUAAAGACUCGGAGGGUAGCUCGGAACUGGAAGCUGCUUGUGCUGUGUUAAAUGAUCUUUCUCUGCGCCAAGAAGUGCUGCGUCCUUCACUUAUUGAAGCUCUCCACCAGCUAGGCGCAUUGCUGACUCGCGAAAUUACAUUGAAAUUCAAGGCGGACUACCUAACGAUUGUGAACAAGCUACUUGAGCAAUGCAUAGCUUUUGAUGAAUUAGGGGUAGACUGGCUUCGUAUACUGGGCCGAUUCGUCUCCCAGAUAUCCCCGGUUAUCGACCAGACACUGGAAAUCCAAGUGGCUUCCGAUGACGACGUUUCUUCCGACUUCCAGAAAAAAGAGAUGGAGGAGCUCCGAAACGCAGUUGAAGGUCUUGAGAAAGAGAGGGUAGAACUGAAAGAUGAGAUCGCUAUGCAACGCGUCGAGAUUGACACUUUAAAGACACUACCUACAACGAAUGCUCCCUCGAAAGGCGGCAAAGAAAGCAUUCAAGGUCUCGUUCAACGUCUAGUUUCAAAGGAGAAGCAAGUGGUACAACUACGGGCAGAGGUGGAACGUCUUAAAUUAACCCAGCCAUCCGAGACUCGAGAUACUGAGGAGCGAUUGAAACAUGAACGAGAUCGCGUCAAGUGGAAUGCGCUCUCGGAGGAAAUCGUGGACCUCAAGAAGAAGAAUGAAGAGGCCGAGUCGCUGCUACAAAGGAAGGAUAAGGAGGUGCUUUACCUGAAACGUGCCAUGGAAUCAGUGUAUUCCCGGUUGCACAAUGAUGUUUCGACUCGCGAAGCCCAACCGCGACAGACACAAAUUCGUGAUAUCGAUGCAGAGAAGAUUGCAGCUAGUGCAGUUGAGGCUUUGUCAGCUAAGGACGACGAGAUUUCUGUUCUUCGCGCUGAAGUGCAGAAGUUGCAAGAGGAGCUAAAGGCUAAACCGCGGUAUGUCACUGAGAACGAUUUUAAGAAAGGGGUUUCUCCACCGCCACCUCCACCUCCGUCAGCAUGGAAAGGCGUUAAGCAGCAAGUUUCACCACCUCCCGCUCCCUCUUCGCCUGUAAAAUCUCCACCAAAUUCGCCUUUAGGCGUCCUUCCAUCGUCAACUUCUCCUCCACCUCCGCCGCCACCACAGAGGGGCCGAUCUUCAAGUUCGACUCCCAAUUCUGCUCCUCCUCCUCCUCCCCCGCCUCCCUCAGGACUUUCGAUCCCCCCUCCUCCUCCACCGCCUCCAUCUUCUGCUCCUGGAAUGCCCCCGCCUCCACCCCCACCUCCUGGUAUGAGUCGCAAGGGCGCUCCGAUACCAAAUAUCGUACUCCCCGGGAAACGCCUGAGGCCCUUCUUUUGGACUAAAGUCACUGUUCAGGCAGCCGGACCGUCAGUCUGGGAUGACGUCCUGUCUACGGGCUCUUCUAUCGAUUUGGACCUGAAGGAAUUGGAAGAGACUUUCUCGCUUGAGGCAGCUCCAUCGAAGGUGGCCUCGUCCCCUCAGAACUCUCCAAGGAAAACAUCUGUCACUACUUUGCUGGAUACGACUCGGGCAAAUAAUAUUCUGAUCAUGUUGACCAGGAUAAAGCCCUCCUUAGCGGACAUUAAGCGUGCUUUAUUAACGAUUGACGAUUCCUUGCUGAGCGUCGAUGAUCUAAAGGCUAUCUCAAGACACCUGCCGACUACGGAUGAAAUGAAGAGGAUUGAUGAGUUCGGGGAUGUGAAACAGCUCGCAAAGGCAGAUCAGUAUCUAAAAGAACUUUCUGGUAUACCACGGCUUUCAGAACGCAUCAAUUGCAUGUUAUACCGAAGGAAACUUGAGAUAGACAUCGAGGAGACUCGGCCGGAGCUGGACAUCGUUCGCCAGGCAACGAAGGAGCUGAGAGCGUCGACUAGGUUCAAGCAAGUCCUCAAGACCGUGCUGACUGUAGGAAAUGCUCUGAAUGGUUCAAGUUUCAGAGGGAAUGCUCGAGGAUUCCAGCUGGAGGCUCUUUUAAAGAUGAAAGAGACGAAGACAGUCAAGUCCAGUCCAGACUGUCCAACUCUCCUUCAUUACGUUUCUCGUGUCCUUCUUAGGAGUGAUCCGGAAGUAGUCAACUUCUUGGACGACUUACCUCACCUUGAGGCAGCGGCUCGAGUUUCGAUGCAGACGGUCUCCGCAGCUGUCACGACUCUGGCUUCUGGGCUUGCACAAGUACAAUCAGAGAUCAAGUUGCAGCGUCAAAGUAGAAAUGUUCAUUCAGAUGAUCGUUUUGUUCAAGUCAUGGAGCCUUUCGUCGUGCAAGUGACCUCAAGCAUCCAAGCUCUGGAGAACAUGAAUAGAGCUGUGGAGUCGGACUUGAAAUCUCUCAUGGCGUAUUAUGGUGAAAUGGCUGAUUCGCCAGAGGGACCAAAGCCUGAAGACUUCUUCAGUUUGAUCGUAUCAUUUUCGUCAGCACUGAGGAAAGCGGCACUUGAAGUGCACGAUGCACAGACCAAAGCACAACAAUCCGCUGCCUCGGCUAUUACUAACGGGAAGAAAACUGCCGUUCCGCCUUCAACCAACAGUGAUCAAUCGACGAUCCAAGCAAAGAAACCACCUCCAUCCACACCUUCCGCAACUUCAGCCGCUCCUCCCACUUCAGGAGGCGGCUUCCUCGUCCCACCUCCACCACCGAUUCCCGCCGAGUCGCAUGCAGCAGACAGUAGACAUCGUUCUGUGGGCCGAGGCGAACUCGACGCGACUAUCAAGAGUAUGCGCAAGGGUGUACGGAGAGAACGGAAUGCACGUCCGCUUAGUAAGAUGUUCUUGGAUGGGUCUUGA